AGUGCAAAUGUCUUAUCUCAAUCUACAAGUCGCGUUUCGGCACCUUCUAGAAAAAAAAGCUUUGUCUACUAAUAAGUCAGAGAACAAGCGUGUUUACACGCGUCUGAGCGGGGGGAAGAAGGGGGGUCCUAGAGACUAUAUAAGGACUAAGACAGCAGUCCAGGCAUCAGCGAAAAGCGCACAUGGGAAAAAUUUUACUCAGUUUAACAGUUUUGCUGGCAGUUUCUGAAUCACAGGAAAUUUCAUAAUAAUAAAAAAAAAACAUCGAGAUGGAAUUGCACCUAAUUUUUUCAGUGUUGUCGGUGAUGUCUUUUGGAUUUUUACACCCAGUGGCGCCGGCUACAUUCACUAAGGAGCCAGCAGUCAGCAACAGACGCCUGGAGCACCACAGCAGGACGAAACGUUGCUCCUGCGCAAGUUUCCUAGACAAGGAGUGCGUCUACUUCUGUCAUCUCGACAUCAUCUGGGUCAACACGCCAGAGCGCACCGUGUCUUACGGACUGGGAAGCGCUCCGAGGCAAAAGCGCUCAGCCGCCGCGUCUUCGGACCAGCGCAGGGCGGAGAAAGCGCGCUGCAAGUGCGCCAGUAGGGAAGACGGCAAGUGCGCAACUUUCUGCCACAGGGAAAGCAAGUCCAGAAACGUGCAUAGGGCCCCCCUCGCUUUGAGGCUGUCUACCAUUAAAUUUGAGAGGCACCCAGGACACUCCCAAAGAUUUAGGAGAUCAUGGCACCCAGGGAGGACAAAUAGAAGGAAUUUUGCUAGGGGUCAGUGACAAUGGGGAUCACCAGCAACACAGGGCUCACUGAGGGUCCCCUGCCUGCUGCUGCUCCAUGGUUUCCUAGAGCGCCCCCUUUGGGUUGGGGAGAGAACUCCAUCAACACGAGGCUGGCCAUUGCUUAUUUCUGUCAGAUGAGAAGUCCGAUGCUGUUAGUCUGGGGCUGCAAAGCUGGACUGGACGUGGGAGGGUCAGCAGGGUGGAGAAACGGAGCAUCCAGUGAGGAACCAGUGCCAGGCUCAUCCGCAAAUACCAUGGCUACCUCUUCUUACCUUCCUGUUCCUCAGGAAUGUUGGUCUUUGGCCUCGGACUUGGACUUCCUGCUGGCUUUCUGUAGCUUCUGCUGUGUUGGGGAGAGGAACGGUGACUGUCUGACACCAAGAAAGAGCACAUGAUCUCAUGAAAUGACGGUCCAAAGAAAUACAAAAUUUUGGAUCAGCACCCAAGACAAAGAAGGCUUCCAACUACAUUCUGUUUGGUUGUUGACUGAGAAUGUUUUUUUUGUCAUUAUUGAAACAGAGGAUGAGUAUUUUUGCUCAGUAUUCUGAAAUAUAAAGAAUUAUUUUAUUUACUGUGCAAGGCUUAGGAUAAGACGUCAUCUGUUUUACCGUAGUGUAACCAUGUUUAUCCAUGUCAGGCAUGCAUUCUAUUUUGGCCACAUUGGUCAAUGAAAUUUUCUGUUUCAUUUCUUUGAAAUGGCCGAUCGCGCAGAUGCCACUAAAACAGGCAGGACAAAUAUCAAAUAAAACUAUCGAGCUCUAAAGACCCUAGUGUCCUCUCUACCAAUUUCAGCAGCCUUGAAUUCAACAUGACACAUCAUUAAAAAAUAUUAGGGUAAGCUGACAGGUUGAUAAAUCUGUAUUCCAUGGUCAUAGAAUGUGACUGUCAAUAGGCAGUGUUGAUGAAGAAUAUAUUAACAUUUCUGAAUUUUUGAUUUGCAGGUGGCAACCAAUAAGUACCAGGAAUAAUUCUGGAGCUAGAACCUGAAAACUAUAAUCUUCCAGAAUAUUCAAAAGUAACUGAAAAGUUAAUUGACUUAAAUGAAAGUGAAACUCAGUCCAUCAGGGCUAUUGGACACCACAUCAAUGUUAAGCAGAGAGGCUGGUGUAACCCUGUAGCCUGCAGACACAUGCACGGCCCGUAGGGGGACCCCUCUGAGGGGUUUCCCCUCAUGCCUCGAUUCCCUGCUAUAGUCUUUGGCCACGGAAUGGGUGACUGCAGACACCUCAGUUAUUAAAAUAUGAAUAAUUCAAUCGCCAAAGGUAAUAAAAUAACACUACGAAUUCACAUAAUUAUAAUCUGGGAAGUCAGGCAGCUAACAUUUGUCAGAAAGCUAGCCAGUUGCUUUCACUCAAUAGAGGGGAAAUCACCAUUCUGCCCUUGUGUCAGGGUCAUCACUCCCCAGGAAUUCACCCCGUAUUCAUCCACACCACCUAUACACUGGGUUCUGUUGGGGAGGUGCUGCUUUUCAACACUCGGUGCAUAUCUGUUUAUGAAUUAAUUUGCUGUCCAAUAAAUCACUGUUUUGCUGAAACCACAUUGGAGAGAGUUA